GCUCACUGCAAGGAUAUUCCUAACCCACUCUCCCAUCUCGACCUCUCAACGCGCUCGUCGACGACCACAGAUAUGUAAAUAUCCGCUUUCUACCAGAAUUCCUUAGCGGAUCUACUUCACUACUUUACUACUAGCCUCUUACCGGGUGGAUUCGGGGUGCACCACGUCUAAGCUCUGCCGCUUCAUUUGCUAUUACAUCUCGACAAUUGUUGUCUUAGCCGCCCUUUGCGUUUGUCGUUGCGCACCAUCUAUCACUUGAAGCUUUUUGGACAAGCUUCCGCGCGGUUGGUAUCACUGACACAGUACGACCAGGUGUCAAUUUGCACUCUCGUGUGGUUCAACCAUUUCCCAAUUAUUUUAUAUAUAGUUCCACUACGACCUCUAGCCGUCGACUACGUACACCAGUGCCCGUUCUAUUUCGUUUGAUGCCGUCGAGGUUUCAUCGCACGGCGGCUUCUGUUGUAAUACCAUGGUGGACACGAUGGCCAGGCCACCCGAAUCGUGGGCCCAGGACCCUUAUGCUCCGCGACACGCAUCUUACUAUGCACAGGAACAAUCCCAAGAAGUGCGUCUACCUCCGCUUCCUAACUUAGUGACCGGACCACGCACGACCCAAGGGCCACCCGCCAGACAGCAUCCGCCGACUUACAGUCAUAAUUCCUAUGAGGGCUCUUAUGCAUCAUCAUCAUCGCCUGUCUACCCAAACCCGCAGCACUCAAUCCCAGGCCCUGAAUCGCACGCUGCGGUGUCUAGUCCUUACGCAAGACAGUCGAUAGAUGCGGGCAGUCGUCUUCCUGCACGACCGCCGAGUGUAAGUGAACGAGCCGGAGAGCCGCCGGAAUAUAACCGAUUUCGUCAACUGGGAGGCGAAGCAAACUCCAUGCCGGCCCCUAGACUACCUUUACAGCAACAACCAAGGCAAAUUGGAGGCUCUCCUCAGCAGCAGCACCAGCAGCACCAUUAUGCGGAUAUUCAACCUGUUCGACCAACGACAGAGUACAGGUAUCAAGAGACCCGCCCUCAACCUUCGCCGCAAGCAAUAGCUCCCCCUCGACCAGCAUGGCAACCCCAGCCUGAAAUCCGUGCUCCAGAGCGGGUGAAGAUAUCGGACUUAAUUCAUGCCCCAAAGACCGGAGAGUCGGGCUCCUCGAAGGCGCCAGAACGCAGAAGAGUUCCUGCUGCAGCUUCCUCGACGUAUAAGCUAAAAGUUCGCCAACAGCCAGUUGCCGCGAGAUCGUGUGGGUUUGGUGAAAGGGAUCGUAGGGUUAUUGACCCUCCACCGAUAGUUCAAGUUUUUAUCGAAGACCCGAAGGCCUCGCAAGAUGAGAUUCGUACUCAGCUAAAAUUCCGAUUUUCAGUCAUGCAUUGCACGAUCUGGAACGAGACGGGCGAUCAGGAUUGUUCGGGGAUGCCAGAUGAUUUUCGCCAGCAGCGAAGAUUGAUGGGAACGAUAGUAUCGUCACCCUUCGUAGGGAUCGACGAAAAGAACGAGGAAGGGUGCUUUUUCUGUUUUCCUGAUUUAUCCUGCCGAACGCCCGGCACUUUUCGAUUGAGGUUUAGUCUGGUGGUUUUGGACCCAAACUCGGUUCCCGGAUCGAAAACUCCAGUAUGCGCUAUCGCUAUGAGCGAGGUAUUUACGGUCUAUAACGCCAAGGAUUUCCCGGGAAUGCGAGCGAGCACGGCACUGACUAAGAGGCUUAAAGAGCAAGGAUGUCUUAUUUCUAUCAAGAAAGGAAACGAGAGAAAUCAUGCGCGCGAAGACAGCGAGGACGACGACGAAGACGAAGACGAGGGUAGUAGUUCAGUACCACGACGAGCGAAACGAUCUAGGAAAACAUGACAUUUUCUAUCCAAUCCCCGUUUUUUAUCGCAAACUCAGAUAGCACGAUGACCCUACAUUAUGACGACGUCCUACGGCUUACGAAAGAUGGAGUGACGAGGUAGUUCCUU